AUGGAAAAAGAAAGUGAGGCAGAGAAACAAAGAAGAGAAAGAUCUGAGAGGGUGGAGGAAAGAGAAAUGUCCAAGCUGCAACAGAUGAUAAGAUUAAAAGAACUGGAAUUGGAGGAAAAAGAGAAAGACAGACAGGAAAGGGAUAAAGAAAGACAGGAAAAGAAAGAGCAGAGAGAACAUGAGGAAAAAAUGAAGAAACUUGAUUUACAAAUCGCACAGGAAAAAAAUAAAACACAAUCAAGCGCGACAACCGGAGUCACGGCCCAGAGACCAAGACUGAGUAAAGGUUUCCCUGCCAUGACAACCGAAGAUCUACCCUGUUACCUCGACAUGUUCGAAAUGGCAGCUAGGAGAGACAAGGUUUUAGAAGAAGACUGGGUGGCACAGCUGCAGGAGAAAAUAACACCUAAACUAAGGCAAUUCCUGACACAGAGAAGAUUAGUGGACUGCACUGACUACGAGAAGAUAAAAAAAGAGCUCCUAGACUAUGUGGGAAUGACGGAGGAAGCCUGCAGGAAAAGAUGGCAUGAGACUGUCCCAAUUGAAGAUGGCCCAAGAGAAUUUUUUGUGGCAUUACAAAAGAACUUCCGACAGUGGUGCGAGGCGGCGAAAAUAGAAAGGAACUUUGAUCAGCUGGAGGAGUUAAUAUUGAAAGACUCUAUACUCAGUGCCCUAAACGAGGAGGUAAGAGAAGAGAUCCUAGAUAAAGAGUCGUUGGACAAGCUAGUUGAUUUGUUGGAGAACAGAAAGAUAAUCUUCGCCAGUAAAAGCAUUUUCAAGAAAUCGAGAAUUUAUCAGGCCAACGCAGUGAGUGACAGAAGAGAUUUGAAUAGGCAAAAUUACCGCUACCAAACCAGCCCUAGCAGCGCAAACUACAUCAGGCCAAACAUUGAACAUUGA